AUGGCAGAUCAACCAGCAGCUCGCACUUUGCGCGAUUAUUUAACGCCAGAAAGAGGUCCACAUGUCUCCCCCAUAACCAUUCCUACUUGCACUGCCGCCAAUGCGUUUGCUUUCAAGCCAGAGUACCAUCGGGUUAUCCCAGAGUUUCGGGGGCGUGAAUUGGAGGAUCCUUAUGCCCACAUUCGGGAAUUCGAAACUAUCGUUAGCACCUUUGUGACCGGGCCGGGUCAGCUAGAUCAAGCUCGCCUGAAGCUAUUUCCCUUUUCGCUCAAGGACAAGGCUAAGCAGUGGUUCCAUUCUUUGAAGCCCCACUCCUUGCUCACAUGGGGGGAAGUGCAAGAUGUGUUCACCACCAAGUUCUUCCCGGAUUUGCUUGCAGCUGUCCUACACCACAAUUUUCCCAUGUAUCUUGUGAUCAACUAUUUCUAUUUGGGUUCUGAUCGAGAGUCUAAGCAGCUUUUGGAUACUAUGGGGAGUGGUGACUUUAUGGGAAAGGACCCCGACGCCGCUUGGGAAUUCUUAGAUGCUUUGGCCGAAAGAGCUCAAACUUGGCAAUACAUUGAUCCGGGUGACCAAGCUAUGAGAAAUCAAGGACCGGGAGGUUCCGGUAAGUUUUCAGUGAAUGAGCAGAACGGUCUUGAGACGCGGUUGGAUGAGCUAUCGUUAAAGUUGGACAGAAUGAAGCUAGAUUCGGUCCAAGCAAAAGAAGUGAAAGAAGCGACAGAAGUGAAAGAGGUGAAAGAGGUUCGCCAAGUGGAAGAAGUUUGUGUCAUUUGCGAGACCACGGGUCAUUCGACCGACAACUGUCAUACCAUCCCCACCCUUCGACAACACUAUAAUCAACUCCCUGAAGAAAAUGAGGCCGGCUCGUCAACUUCUCAAGGUCCUCCUCCUUCUCAGAAUCAAACAUGGCGCCAAUCUCAGUUUCAGGGUCAGCCACGUUUUCCUCCGGCACAAUCUCAAGGCCCGCCAGGAUUCAUACCACCGAGCCAAUUCCAAGGGCAAAAUCAAUUUCAGCAGCAACCAGCCCCACCUCCACGACGUUCUCUGGAGGAUACUCUGAAUGCAUUCUGUCAAAUGCAAACGACCACUAAUGAGCAAACUACCCAAGCGAUGAACGACAUAAGGAAUCAAGUGGGUAAAUUAACAAUGGCUAUCGGUGUUUUGCAACAAGAGAAAGGAAAACUACCUACCCAACCUCAACCAAACCCUCAAGGCCAACAUUUUGCACAAGACUCUUCGGUGACUUUCCCCGAGCAAGCAAAGGCCAUAAUAUCGUUGAGAAGUGGGAAGACGGUUGAUAAUGCUCAAGUGGAGCCGCCGGUUGUGCAAACCUUGUUACCUUUUCCGGCACUAUUGAAGCCCAUAGUGCCAAAUGGGGAAUCUCCCAAACCGGUUCUAAAGAAGAAGAAAAGGGAAAAGCCAAAGAAGUCGAGUGAUAUCUAUGAAGUUCUUAAGAAAGUGACGGUUAACCUUCCUUUGCUUGACGCUAUUAAACAGAUUCCAUCAUACGCCAAAUUUUUGAAGGAGUUGUGCACUCACAAACGGCAACUCCAAGUGCAGAAGAAGGUGUUCUUGACUGAACAAGUGAGCUCACUCUUCCAGUCAACCCUUCCGCCCAAGUAUAAUGAUCCGGGCUGUCCUACGAUAUCCAUCACCAUCGGGGGUAAGGUUUGUGAAAAGGCUCUUCUCGAUUUGGGGCAAGUGUAA